CGCUCGCGUUUUUAAGUUACAUGCUUUGUUCAAUUUCGUAAAUAUUGAAGCAGCAAAUAUUCACAUAAAGAGAAAUAAAUGAUUUUUUAAUGUAAAAAUUGGGAACAAUUGUACUGAGUUAUCAAUAUAAAUCAAUAAAAAAGAUAAUAAAAUAAUACAGUGUGUUCCAAGGUCGAAUUGCCGUGUUUGCAAAAUUAGUUCUUCUUGUUUCCUUCUUUUUUUAGAUAACAAAUUAUAUAAAUAAUACCAUAAUGUCGACACUCAUUGAACACGAUCAAAUGAAUAAUCAACGGCUCUUGCCUCGGAUAGCAUUAAUUGCGUGUGGCUCCUUCAGUCCGCCAACACCUAUGCAUUUCCGUAUGUUCGAGAUUGCGAAAGAUUUCUUUAAAACUCAAGGAACUCAUCAUGUUGUCGGCGGAAUUGUUUCUCCUACUCACGACUCUUAUCAGAAGAAAGGACUUGUUGCUGGUACACAUCGAUUUGCAAUGUUAAAAUUAGCAUUACAAUCCUCUACAUGGAUAAAGACUUCCGAUUGGGAAAUACAGCAAGCGGAGUGGACACGCACACUGUCUGUUUUACAAUAUCACCAGAACUAUAUGAAUAAUUAUAUAAAUUCUCCACUUGAGGGUGAUAUGAAUGGUACUUUGCCGGGUUGGAUGCCGCCUGGUUUACGUGAGCGGCAGGAUGGUGUACAGCUAAAAUUGCUAUGUGGCGCCGACUUGUUGGAAUCAUUUGCAGUGCCAGGGUUAUGGGCUGAUAAGGAUAUUGAAGAUAUAGUUGGCAAUCACGGUCUGGUCGUAAUAUCACGUUAUGGCGCUAAUCCCGAAAAAUUCAUUUUUGAGUCAGAUUUAUUAACCAAAUAUCAGAAAAAUAUUACCCUAAUCACUAAUUGGGUGCCGAAUGAAGUUAGCUCAACGAUGAUACGUCGGCUUAUAUCACGUGGACAGUCGGUGAAAUAUUUGCUUGAUGAUAGGGUAAUCGAUUAUAUACAAAUGCAAGGAUUAUUCAACUGUAAAACUUUCACUUUAGAUAAUCGUAAGCCGACAAGUAUGAAUGUCUUCUGUUGCGGUGAAAAUGAGAGUAUUACUUCGGCAAAGAAACUACUACCCAGUCGCAACGGGCCAGGGCAAGUUAUACAAGUGGUAACCAGUGAGAAGGGUACGAAAGUUACAACCGAGCUACAACGUAUUGGCAGUGCCAGUGAUGAGUCUGACGCCAAAAAGAAAAAGACAGAUGCUGUGAACGUCUAAUUUCAUUUGCUUAGCGCUGCUUCAAGUAAAUUUAAAAACACAUCAACUAACGGUGAUGCUAACAAAAAAGGCUGUCAAAAAGAAGAGAAUAUGGAUUAUGAGUGCUUGCGGAAUAUGAAUAUGAAAUAUACAUAUAUAGUCAAAUAAGUUACACUUGCCCAUGCUUAUCUGAAUGAAUCUGCUAUUUUGUGUACGUGUUUCUCUUUUUUCUUUUGCAUAUAAUAACUACUGUAAAUGUGGUUUGGUUUAGCUAUUAUACAUAGAUAUAUUUUAAUAUUAUUAAAGUGACAGUAAUGUGUGAUGGUCAUCUAUAUGUAAAAUAGUAUGCCCUUGUUUAUUGUAUAUCUGUAUUAAAUAAUAAAUGGCUAUUUAUUCCUUUUGUUUAAAAGCAAACUGAAAUAUGCUUAAGUCUAAAAUACUAUAAAUGUAUAAAUGUAUACACCAAACAAUAUAACGAAUUUAUAUUUAGCUAAAUAAACUUCUGCGAAAUAUGAAUAUCUGUUGAAACAUAGAAAUAUACACAUGAAAAAUUUGUAAAAAUAUUUUACUAAGCGCAUGCACGUCGGCAGCAAACACAAAAAU